CAAUUUGCAAAUGGCCGUGAGGAGGACCGUGCCCGGGAUAAGGUGUAUGAAAAGCUAAUGGUGGUAGGGUCCGUGUUAAAAACUUGUGAUUAAUUCUUGAUUCAGUGUGGUGUUGUUGUACUGAUACAAAAUGUGCCAAAAAGUGAGAAUCCAGUCUUAAUGGUGAUAUAGGAAGCGCCCUGAAACCGCUGGAGGGACGAUCGAAGUUACAUUGCUGACGGACGGGUCGGUGCAGAGCGCGGUUUAGGCGUCGGGAGCAGGUCCAGACAGGAGAACCAACGGUUACACAGCCAUGAAUGAGCUUGACAGUUUACGUCAGGAGGCGGAGACCCUCAAAAAUGCCAUUAGGGACGCGCGCAAGGCGGCAUGCGACACUUCGCUCUCGCAGGCGACGGGCAACUUGGAGCCCAUCGGGCGCAUCCAGAUGCGCACGCGCCGCACGCUGCGCGGCCACCUCGCCAAGAUCUACGCCAUGCACUGGGGGAGCGACUCCAGGAACCUGGUAUCCGCGUCCCAAGACGGCAAGCUAAUCGUAUGGGACAGUCAUACCACCAACAAGGUGCAUGCCAUCCCGCUCCGCUCCUCCUGGGUGAUGACCUGUGCUUACGCGCCCUCUGGCUCGUAUGUGGCCUGCGGCGGGCUUGACAACAUCUGCUCCAUCUACAGCCUGAAGACCCGCGAAGGUAACGUGCGCGUCUCCCGCGAGCUCCCCGGCCACUCCGGCUACCUGUCCUGCUGCCGGUUCCUCGACGACAACCAGAUCCUCACCAGCUCGGGCGACAUGACCUGCGCCCUCUGGGACAUCGAGACCGGACAGCAGUGCGGCCAGUUCACCGGUCACACCGGCGACGUGAUGUCGCUGUCGCUCGCGCCCGACCAGCGCACCUUCGUGUCCGGCGCCUGCGACGCCUCCGCCAAGCUGUGGGACAUCCGCGACUGCCAGUGCAAGCAGACCUUCCCCGGACACGAGAGCGACAUCAACGCCGUCACGUUCUUCCCGUCCGGGUUCGCGUUCGCGACCGGCUCGGACGACGCGACGUGCCGCAUGUUCGACAUCCGCGCCGACCAGGAGCUCGCGAUGUACUCUCACGACAACAUCAUCUGCGGCAUCACGAGCGUUGCCUUCUCCAAGUCGGGCCGCCUGCUGCUCGCCGGCUACGACGACUUCAACUGCAACGUGUGGGAUUCGAUGAAGAGCGAGCGUGCCGGCAUCCUGGCCGGCCACGACAACCGCGUGUCCUGCCUCGGCGUGACGGAGAACGGCAUGGCCGUCGCCACCGGCUCCUGGGAUUCGUUCCUCCGCAUCUGGAACUAAGCACCACGCCACCCUUUCUAAUUUUAUACAGCUCGGUCGCACGGUCGGUGUCAGCGUUUCUUUGGAUGGAGUGCCGUGUAUUGGGAGUGUCGUAAGCAAAACAACGUAUCUUUUUUAAUAAAUCAAUGUGGUAUCGAUCAUUUUUUGAGCAGCAUUGUGAGAUACAACAUAUUGUGAUCACUGAAUUGUCUAAUAUUUUUGACAAUCAAAGUACGGUUUAUACGCUCACAAACACCAUUUUGUUUAGGUGGAAAUUUUUAAAUUCGAAUAGAAAAACACUUUUAUCUUUUUAGUCAAUCAAAAUAAUGGGGUACAUCUGUGCUUGGUACAGAUUUUUUACCUUUUUGAGUAGCAGUGUGAGAUACAAGGUAAUGUGGUCACUGAAUUGUCAAAUAACGAUUUUUAUCAAUCAAGGUUUCGUUUAUACGUUCAUAAACACCAUUUUGUAUAGGUGGAAGAUACGAAAUACGAAUUUUAAAACAACAUUUCGACAGCUGAAAAGUAAAAUUAUGAUAAUAUUGUUAGUUGUCUAGCAGCGAUGCCUGAUUGCUAUUAAACCAAAAAUAUAAUUAAGAUGUUAUAUGACUUUGACACAACUAUAUCCAAAUAAAUUAGACACUUCAAACGCUUAUGACACUGACCUUUAUAGAAAACGCCAACUGAAUUGUAUGGAGAACCAUUUCAUUUAUACUUUUCGUUUGGCGUUUAUCGACCGAUUGUCUUGGCUAAAGCCACAAAUGUACAUUUAUUUUGUUUUUCUUGCUUAAGAAAGAGAUUUUCAAGGGUAACUACUAUCUGAAAGAUAAAAUAUGAGCUACGUGCAGUAUCUGUCACUGACAAAAGCAAGUAACCCAACUGUUUUUAACAAAACGAUUGAAUAUAAGAAAAACAAAAAACCAAUGUACAUUUUUAUCGGAUAAGCGAUGCGCAAACGUUUUCAACCAACGCACUUGAUAAGCGCACCGUUUCUUUGCUUUAUUUAUUUUAAAAAGUAGACGAUAAUUUCUAACAAUGAAAGCAUUUAAACUACGAUAGAAAGUGUAGUUUAAGAGUGGGUGCGUGUGUGUCUAUGGUUCACCGUUUACUAUAUACAUGUCGGCGGCCGAUCGUAGUAUUCGCCGGAUCGUGAAAUUCCUGGGCAUAUCGUGAAACGUUAAAAUCAUUGUCGACUCUGCGUCGACGAACCCCCGCGAUGCGGGGCUUCGUUUUACUAACGUUUGCCUCUUUGAGCAUCUGAAUCUAGCGAGUAUCGUCAAAGUUAAGGGACUUCACGGUCGGGCGGUUUCUGCGAUCGGCCGCCGGCCAUUUAUAUAUAUGUAAUGUAAUUAUAUGAUUAUAUAGCGUAGCAUUGCGAAGCCUUCUGGACGGCACCGCUGCUGAGAAUAUGUUUCUGUGUAAUGAUCAAUCGCACAACAUCAAUCGUACAAGUUCUAAACAAACUAUUUAGAGAACCAAAUAUUAUGAUUAAUGAGUAAGUUGAUUGUCUCAUGAGACUGUCUCGGUCGACUAUCAACUAACUAUAUCUAUGUGUAAUUUAUUGUAUGAUGAUUAUUUCACUUGGAUGCUAAGUUAUAAUUUUUAAUAUGUAAUUGUAUGUAUAAGUCACCCGUUUUAAAUGUAUAAAUAAUGGAGAUUCCUAUAGAUCUCUCAUGGAUCAAAAAUUAAUUGAUAAUUUCACUUCAUACAUUUUGAAACGACACUGUUCAUUUUAGAUCAGUACUUUUUUCUACUGAAUUUUGAAGGUAGAUGAGAAUGCAGUGUCGUUUCAAAACUGUAAGAUAUUAUUUUAUAUUUCCAAAAGUCUAGACUUGUAAAACAAUGUAAUUUACAAUUUGACAUAAUGCAAUAUAUUAAUUUAUCUAUGUCACUCACUGUUAUUCUUUAUAUCUCACCUAACGGAAAUAUGGCAACAAUAUUAAAUAAAGUUGUCUAAAUAACCAUUAAAAAUCCCAUUGAGUAUCAAGAAUACUACAAUUAAACUUCGUGAUGGUCUAAAAUGAAUUUUAAUACAUUCAUGUAAAUUUUAUAUUCCUUCAACAUUUUUGUCGGCAAAUGUGUCAUAAUUUAUAAGAAAAUUCUUUUAUACGCGAAAAAGUUUUGAAAUUUCGAUGCCAUAAUAAUCAAAACAGGUUAUAAUUAUAAAUAAUUACUUAAUCAUUCUGAAUAAUCGUCAAAUUUCUCAUUGUAAACUAUUAAAACACCUUUUCCUAUCAAUAGUUCUAAUUUUGAUACUAAACGCACUGCAAGAAAUAGUACUUAUUUUGGGACGCACAGAGCCUGCCUUGGCGGACGAGGUUUAACGAGUCGUGCAAACGCGACGAGGUGAGCAACCCACUAGGCGUGACUGUUAAUGUGUUACAUCCCUCAUCUUUUUCUAUAUCCGGUUACACUGUACGUCCUACAUCUCAGGUUCAUUUUUCUAGACUAAGCUAGAUAUAGGAAUUAAAUGUAAGAUCCCAAGCAUUUUGUAACUUGAAACAUUCUUUUGCUUCAAAAUUGUCAAUAUUUCAGUAAGCAGUUACGUUGCAGUAUUCAUUCGUUUUAGCACAAAGUUAUUGUAGGCUUUUUUUUAAUGGAUGGUUGUCGCUCUUUUGUUUUUUAUAUCCUCUUGAGACCAUACACGUCGGUAACAAAAAUAUAAAGUGAACAUAGUGUCAUCAUAGCUAAGUCUGCAUAGCAAUUGCUAAGACAAAGUGUGGUCUGACAUUAUUAAUGUCAAAUUUCUAUAAAAAUAUUACAUUUAUAAUGACACUUCUUUAGUUCCAUUUGUUCAACUCGAUGCAAAAUAAGCUUAACCCUUUAUCAAGCAAGGGAAUAUAUUUCCCACCAUCGUUUGGACUCUAAGUACCGUACAAUUUAAUUGGUUCAAAUUUCAUUAAUUUUGAACACCUGUAUCCGAUUAAGGGUUAGCAGGAUUUUACAAGAAAAAAUGAUUUCGAACAUUAUUUGGAUUCUUAUGCAGUCAACUUUGAUUUAAAACUGAUAGUUCUGAUAAAAAUGUAGGUUACCUUUUUACAUAAUUAUUACUACUUUUUUACUUUAUAAUCGGGCUCAAGAGGAUAGCCUUUUCGUCUAGAUAGGUAAUAAUAUAAACUUAGAUGUUUGUAAGGCGUCCGCUUCCGGAAGAAACGUACGAUGUAGGAAAUGGAUAUAUCAAUACAAUUUCUUAAGGCAAGUAAAAAAGAAAGAAAUGACAAAGUAAGGUAAUAAUUUAAAUUCAUUAUUUUAGCCUUACCUACCUUCCAAUUUAAUAUGGUAGCAGUAAACGACCAUAAAAAGGCGUAGGUAUUUAGAAUUUUUAAAACUAUUUUUGCGCUCAAAUUUUUAACACUUCGCAGCCAAGAACACUCGAGGCACUCGAGAACUUUGCUCAGAUUACGGACUACCCGCUGGGCGGGUUGUCGCCAUAUCAGCGGGCGAUUAAAAUGACGUCCGUUUUCUGACGUAGUGCGUAAUUUUUAGUCUCGUAGUGAAUGUGUUAAUAACGAACGUGAAAAAUUAAGAUAAAUAUCUAAUCUACGCCUAAAACUGUAGUUUACUGCAAAUACAGGUCCUAAAGCUCGAAGGAAAUGAAUGAAUGAAAAUGUCUGUCAUUUGCCUGUAAAGUGGUGGUCCACUGUAUACCGAUACUAACCACUGUAUCACUCGUAUUAUGAAAUUUUCAUUCAUUCCAUUCGUGUCAGCUUUGUACGAGUAUAACGUCUACUUUUCGUCGCCUCAAUUAUAUUUAUGAGCUCAAAGAAUAAUGCGACAGCAUAUUGAUAUAUCCACAGAGGCCUAUGACCCACAGACUAGAGAUGACUGCUAGUUUCUAGCAUAUCAAGCAAUUUGCUCCGUUUAUUAUACUAACUAUACAGCACAAUUAUUUAUAUUCGGGUUUUUUCCUGUUUUUUGCUUUGAGCAAAUUGAUAUAAUGCACUCAUCUUGAUGUCUGGGUAUUUGUCCAAUGUUAAUGGUGUUUCGAACUGUUUUGGAUGGAUAUUGGAUACAACCGACCAACCUAUUAACACACCCACUGACAGGAACCCGCCUAGUGGGCGCUCGUGAACGCUCAGACGCCAGAUAACCCGCUAGGCGGGCGGUCGCUUACAUGUAACGAGUUGGAGUAGUGCGCCGUUUUUUCCCUGACAGUGAAUGUGUUAAAUAUGUAAAACUUAAGUUGGGCGGCCCUGUUAGCUGGUACGCUAGAUAAAGCCUAGGGUAAGACUUUUUUUAAAAUAAACGUUUUUUUCUACAAUAUCCGCUUUCCGAUCGGUGUACGACAACUUAAGAGUAACUUUAAUGUAUGUAUAUUUACUAUUUAAUGGAUAGUUUGAUGGUACCCGUUUCGUUUAUAUUCAGACCAAUUUUUCUCACUUUUACAUCGUAUUAUUGAAAUGGACUGCCAUAUUUAGUCUUACUGUACCUAAUAUUAUAUUUAUCUGACGUGUUCACAUGCAGUUAUGGGAUUGGGCUAUCAAAUAAACUUCUGUGGCCUCUUAAGGGUUACCUGAUUUAUUAGAAAAUGUUUCACCUUUCGAGAGAAAUUAGGAAUGAGCCCUCUGCGGUCUCUUAAGUAAAAAACUCGGGUCAAAAUUAAGCGCAUAAUUUUAUAUGUUACUAUGUGCAAAUUAAUCGUAUAAAUCGGCAGAUAAGUAAUAAUGAUAGUAACCUGAACUGUUUACUGACACUAAAAGGAUUUUGUAUAAGUUAUUUUUUAUUUGCUAGUCCACAUCUUCGAUAUGUUAAUAUAAUUAUUCUUAGCGGUGUAAUACUAAUUAUAAUGUAUUGUGUAAAAUAUUUUUUUUUAGUUAUUAUAUCAAUAAAUUAAAAUUUGUUUAUUU